GACGGAGGGAGCGGCUGGAGGAAGGAACGAGAGAGACGGAAGGAAAAGGGAGCAGCUCGUGCUCCUGCGCCGUGUCCUCGCGCGUGCUUGUGUCGCGCACGGCGUCUCGGGAGCGCAGCCAUUACGACGGAGAGCCGCUCGGUGACGCUCGGUAACGUAGCUCGGCUGCGCGGUGCGUGACGUAUACGUGAUCCGGUUGCUGGUUGUGUGCUGCGCGCGCGCGCGAACCGAGAUCGACGGACGGACGGACGGACUGCUCGACGUCGCGCGUAGUACGAGCAGAGCGUAGCGAAGCGCACGUGUUCGGGACCACGGGACGGAAGGAAUUAACGUACGACGCCGACGAGGGGGUUGGCGCGAGUUUAACGCGAGCGAGGACGAGGAAGCCCGGAGGCUGCCGAAGUGCGACUCGAACGCGCACGACCGUAUCGCGUCGCCGAACGCUCGCACGAGGGCUGCGCGAAGGAGGAAAACGAAUCCGGCUCACGCGAUCGGGCGGUUAGUCGGCCGGCUUUUGUGACUGAACGCUGAGGAAGAAACGCGCGCGCGCGUGUGCAACCUCGCCGAUUUCGUGCAUCGAAAUCGGAAACAGAUUUUCUUGCUCCCGCAUCUUCGUUUUCGGGAAGAAGUGUAUAAACAGCCGCCACCAUGUUUGAUGUGUUCGGAUCCGUGAAGGGGUUGCUGAAGCUCGACUCGGUGUGCAUCGACAACAACGUGUUCCGCUUGCACUACAAGGCCACCGUGAUCGGCCUGAUCAUCUUCUCGUUGCUGGUGACCUCGCGGCAGUACAUCGGCGAUCCGAUCGACUGUAUCGUCGACGAGAUACCGUUGCACGUGAUGGACACCUACUGCUGGAUCUACUCGACCUUCACGAUCCCGGACCGAACCGGCGUCGUCGGCAAGGACCUGGUGCAGCCCGGGGUGGCCUCCCACGUCGAGGGCGAGGACGAGAUCAAGUACCACAAGUACUAUCAGUGGGUCUGUUUCACCCUGUUCUUCCAAGCGAUGCUCUUCUACAUCCCGCGCUACCUGUGGAAGACGUGGGAGGGCGGCCGCAUCAAGAUGCUGGUGCUCGACCUCAAUUGCCCGGUGGUCAGCGAGGACUGCAAGAGCGACCGGCGUAAGCUCCUGGUCGACUACUUCGUGUCGAAUCUGCACUCGCAGAACUUCUACGCGUACCGUUUCUUCCUGUGCGAGAUGUUCAACUUCGCCAACGUCGUCGGCCAGAUCUUCUUCAUCGACUUCUUCCUGGACGGUGAGUUCACCACUUACGGCUCGGACGUGAUCAAGUUCACGGAGAUGGAGCCGGAGGAGCGCAUGGACCCGAUGGCCCGAGUCUUCCCAAAGGUCACCAAGUGCACCUUCCACAAAUAUGGUGCGUCCGGCACGGUGCAGAAGUUCGACGGUCUGUGCGUACUACCACUCAACAUCGUCAACGAGAAGAUCUACGUCUUCCUCUGGUUCUGGUUCAUCCUCCUGUCGAUCAUGAGCGGUCUCAGUCUGCUGUACCGUAUCGCGGUGAUACUGGGCCCCAGGAUCCGGCUGGUGCUGCUGCGCGCCCGCUCGCGCCUCUCGCCGGAGGACCAGGUCAAGACGAUCAACGAGAAGUGCCAGAUCGGCGAUUGGUUCGUCCUCUACCAGCUCGGCAAGAACAUCGACCCGCUCAUCUACAAGCAGCUCAUCGCCGACCUCGCGAGCAAGCUUCAGGGCAAGGAGAACGUGUGACUCCAUAGCGAAAAGGGGCAGGGGAGGGGGAUGGAGGUCGGGUAAGGCCUCGAGAGUUGCCCGUCCUCCCGGCGGUGUCCACCGGGGGGGAUUCCUUUCGUCAUUUCCUCUGGGCCGACAAGCGAGAGAGCCACCCGCUCGGCGCGAGAGACGAGAGGACGAACGGUAGGACCGUCUCCGGAUCGGCGGAGACGUCGAGGGAAAAGCCAUGCCGAAUCGAGUGCUAGGAUUGGACGAGAAUCCUUUCGGUUCGUUCCGCGCGCCAUAAUUGUCGAAUUGCACCGACGCGAUUGACCGAUUUCUGGAUUAGCGACUAAUUUUUUGUGCCUUUUUCUGCGUUACACACGUGCUCGGAUGAGCAAUAGAUCGAGCUAAUAGAAAUGGCAUUCAAACCGGAUCGCCGUAUAAUCGCGAGUCCAUUAAUUCAUCAUCGCUAAUUCAAUCCUGAGUUGAUCCGACCGGAAGAAGUCACAUGUCGAGAUAACAGUUUGGAGAUUCGAUUGAUCGAUGAACUCGGAUUAAUCGUUCAGCGAAUCGGAGCUCAAAGAGAAUUCGUCUCUUCUGAAGUUAGUUGCUUAAUUAGCGAUUGCUUUUACAUUGGCAUUUAGAUCGCUUCAUUUGCCUUUUUCUGAUUUUUCUUCUGGUUUUGAGGAUCAAUUUACGGCGAUGUAGCGCGUCGGUGUAAUUCGGGCCGAGAUUCUUGCGUUCUCGCAGUCCCUGUUUCGCGCGAGUACACGCUUCCAGUCGACGUCGGGUUCGCGAUCCAAGACAAAGCGCGCUGUUCGCCGCCCGUUCUCCCUGCCUCUCCUCGUCUUUCGGUUCCUUUCAUCCGCGCGGAGAGUUUCCCAUCGAUUUUACUUCGCUCCAUUCCAUCCGUUUCUCUUCUUUUUUUUUCCCCGCAGUUUUGCCCGCGCUUCCCCAAUUUUAUACUUCGCGGCUACAACGUCGCGAUGUUGCGCUGCGUAUUUAUUUAAUCUUAGGAAAAUCGUCUUUUCUUUCUUUUACGACGUUAGUAACAAGUUGUGUCACGAAGGAUUUCGGAUUCUUAACUCGCGCCGUCACCAUCAACGCAUCCCGUAAUUCUCAUUAUUUAAACUGUGCGGAUAGAAGCUAUGCUUUUUAGUUUGCGGUAAACGUAUCGCCUCUAACGUAUUGCACAACGGGAUAACGAUCGUUCACGGUCGCACAUUUCUCGCGCAAGUGAAAGUUCCACUUGUGAUUUCGCAGUAAUAGCAAUGAAUUUUCCCUCGCUUUUACGAAUAACACUUCCGACCGAGACACGCGUAAGACGAACCUCUUUUCGUUUGUGCCAAUGAGCCGCUCGAUUUUCAUCGAUUCUCGCCGUUGAGGACGAUCAAUCGUGAUCGAUCACGCGGCUUAACUGGCUCCGCAGCUUCGAGUCGUGCGAUCAUUCACAUUAUUAUAUAAUCAUAACAAUCGAUUAUUAUUCGAGAAUGAAACUCUCGAGACAAUUCUAUUCUUUUAUCCCUCUUUCGCCGAGUUAAUGUUCAUUUUAUACUUUUGUUAUUAUAUAUCUGUGUUAAUAAUUAUAAUAACGAGGAUGCGUCCGAACGCACCUGCUUGCUGCGCGUCGGAGUCAGUUUCGUCGUGGAUCCCAUGGAUCUUCUCGUCCGAUGUGCGCCGCGUACCCCGCAGCGAGGUACAUAAUGUAACGCGCCGCGCAAUAAGGCCCUCAUCACGAGCGUCCUAUGGUCGUGCGCGCGGAGAAUAAAAAUCCGCUCUUCCGCGAAGCGCUUCACCGCGCGCGUACGCUCGCUCGCUCGCUCUCCGCUUGCAUUCCUGCGAGCUCUCGCGUGCCGAGGCGAACUUACACGGUGGAACAGCGACCCGCUGCCCCGCGUAAGAAUAUGUACGCGAGGAACGAGAAGACCAUGGGGAACUUGGGGGCAACCAUCGCGUCGGAAGAGAGUUUCGUCCUCGUAUCUCGGUGUGCCAAGAGCGCUCGGCGCGUACUUUGGACCUUUGCCUAAAGUCCAAAGUCCGACGAAUUCUGUGAACGCCCCCGGCGGGAAAACGAGGAGAGGGAGAGAGAUAGAGAGAAGCAUCUGCGUGUGAGAGAGAGAGAGGGAGAGGACUUGAAAGAACACGGGUUCCUCCUCGGGGCGCACUCGGAAGCCUCCGUUCGUAGACUUGGGUCGUGUGAUAAAAGCGGGGGACGGCGGGAUCCGGUGUUUCUUCUUCUAAUGCUGCUCUCGCUCCGUUCUAUUCUUUUCUUUUCUUUUUCUCUUUCGUUUCAUCGAGCUGAAUUGGACAAUCUCCUCUCCGCAUGGGAUGGACAGGAUCCAGCACGCGUGAAACCGGAGGGACCGGAUGUGCCCAGUCCCGAGAAAAAGAGAGAGAGAGAGAGAGAAAGAAGUUCGCCUACCUGACGCGGAAGAAUUCGGUGCCCCACGCGUACAGACCUGUUUGCACUUGUCUGUGCCACAGCUUGCGCCGCAACGAGCUUUCUCGAUCGCUUUCAGGAGAUUCGAGGAAAUCGCACGCGCCGUCCCCCGCGAACCCUAAUCUAACUUUUUUUUUCUUCUCCUUACGCCGUCAAUUAAUUUGAUUUUUUUUCUUAUAAUCUAGAAGUAGCAAAUAUCGUAUCAUAUCGUAGAGAUAGACAUGUACAUUGUACUGAUGACGCAGAAAAAUAGGACUUAUUUGUAUGAGUGUGCGAAAGAGAAUGAGAGAGAGGGAGGAAAGAGGAGAGGGAGUGAGAGUGGGAAAGGCAGAGCGUGCGCCUAUGUAUUAUGUAUGUAUGUAUGUGUAUGUGUGCGUAUGCGAUGCGAGUGUGUAUAGGUAUUAAAACGCGCGUCCGCCUUCUUCGUAUUUCGUCAUUCCACGCACAAAAAGACACGCGUAUAAUUUUUUGUACACGAUUAUCGAGGAGUCGGACUGUAACGUCACAAUUGUGCGUCUAUCACGCGCCUCUCUUGUUUUCGUUCUCUUCUUGUCUUUUUUUCUAGUAUUGUGCCACUAUCUUAUUGUCUUUCCCCCUCCCUGCUCCGUAAAAUCGAGGGAGACCAAGUUGUGACGUUACAGACCCGCGUAUGCUCCUCGAUAUUUUUUUCUUUGUUUAUUUUAUAAUGCAAAUUUAUACAAUACAACACAAGGGUGAUGUAACGAUGUUGGACCAAGCAGCAAAUGUCAAUUCUUCAUCUGUCUAGAUCUUUUCCCUUUUCUACGCCAUAAGCAACGGCGGUGGUGUUUGCGCACCGCGUGCGCGCGUGCCAGCGAUCGAUAUUGCGACGACAAUCGAAUCACGUCAAUCGGCGCGCAAAAGGAACAUCCAAAUUAUCGCACGCGAGUCAUACGCGCGUGAUGCAAUCGCGCGAGCGAUAAGCCCACAGCUCGAGACGAUUCUUCCCGCACGUAGCAUAUUGUUGAAGAAGACAUCAGCGUUUUCUAUUAGGUCGUUAAGUAAUCCGGGUCGCGUUUAAGUGCCGAUCAAUCAAACCAGACACAUACUUAUAUGAUAUACAAGCGCAACGUGGGGCUUGUACGAUAUAUUCAUUUUAUAGCAGAAUAGAAUUUAUAUAGCAAUCUGUAAAAUUACAAAAAACAAAAUUCUCCGAAACAUCGCUUUCAUCAAAACAUUGAAUUGUAUUUAGGCGCGACCCGGGAUUAUCUAGUAAUGACCUAAUAUUCCGAGCAUCUACUCCACACGUAGGCACACCUGCAAACGCAUCUCCGCUUCGAAAUACCGCAGAGUACCCGCACGGAAUACCCAAUAUGGGAUUACCAGCCGAGCCGGUGCUCGUGGUCGUGCGAUAGUCACCGAAACGUGACGGCUUUACGGUACUGCGAUCAGCCGGGACUCGCCUCGCGAGGUAAACAAAAAUGAUUGGCCGAGAAAAACCGUCAGCCCGUAUCUCCGCCGCUGAUUUUUCGCUAAAGGCGAUUGUCUGAGUUUUAUCGAGAUAACAGCGCGAUAACGCGAGAUCCGAGCCAGGCUGGGUUGAAUUGUUUUCGUAUUACGCGACACAUCGAAGAUCCCCGUUUGGCGGUUCUCUUUGGCAAUAAACCGGUAUCAGCUCUGCCGAAACUCUCCAUCAACGACUCGCGCGACUGUUUAUCUCGAUCUUGUAUUGACACAAUUGUAUACGACAGCGACAUAUCAUUAUUGCGCGUAUCUCUCUUUAGCAGUAUAUACGGAGAUUUAAUAAAGUUUUUCUUAACGAAAGGGAGCAAGCGAGUCUGCAAUUUUACAUGCGAUUUAGAAACAAAGGACAAAAUGACAAUCGAUUUAGAAAACGGGAAUUAAUAAUGAUAAAUUAGGAAUGAGUUUGAGAGAAAUUUUUACUCGUCUUGAUACUGCCGUAGGGACUUAAGGUACGUAAAGUAGAUCUUCGCGGCACCGUGACACGACGUCAGUUCCGGUCCGAGUCCGCGUUAAACGCUCAUCUUUAGCGGUAAAACGUGCGUGGAGGCAUACGCGGAUGAUGUAAUAGCGGCGGCGAGCUCGUUAGUCGAGAAGUAGAAGCAAAACGCGCGAUGCGAUUUUACACCACUCGCUUCUCCGCCAUUUGGGAGUUACAUGUCCACGAAGAGAUUUAUGCUCAAAUUAAGACUGCCAGGCAAUCGAAACACUCUAUGUCGCCGUGAUGUUUUUAUCACUUUUUUUAGAUAGUAUGUGUGAGAUAGGAUUAUUGUUACGACGAACGCGCCGUUAUCCGGUUUAUAUAUAUAUAUAUAUAUAGAUAUGUAUCACACUCUCUUCGAUUCGAUUCGAUUCGAUUCAUUAAUUCAACUAACUAGCUAAUUUACGAACGGACAGCGUCGGGUUUAUAAGCAUAAUAUUAUGUAAUUUUCCCUUUCAUACAUCGAUAUGCGUCCUCCUUUGUCUCGCUUUUACUUCCACUCCUCCCGCAGCAAUAACCGUUGUCCGGAAGCGACGUCAUCAUCGCUUCAGCGGCAUUCCGCGAAAAAUUGACUGCAUGUGACACUCGCGAUUGCUUGCGUCACACGCCUAACGAUAAGUGUCUGAUUAUGUGUAAAAGUGCAUUCCUUCCAAGACACAGUCGACAUUCCAGCAGCGACCGCGGCCGUUUCCGCGCGAAAAAUUCAUGAUUCCAAAAGAUCGUGCGCAUCCCCUUCCGCCCCUUCGAAACUCGCGUAGAUCAAUUCCGCAAAGGGCGAUUUUCUUGAUUCGGCGAACGUCGAAUUCCAACAGGAGGGAAGGGGGUUGCGCGAUAGCUUCCGCGAGAAUGCGCGCCGGCAUUCUGUCGAUCAAGCUCGAUUAAGGAUCGAUCGUCGCCGAGGGCAAGAUUCGAUCAAAGGAAGUUGCAUCGCAAUUUUUCGCGACUCGAAUGCAACGCGCGCUCGAAUCGAGAUAUCGUUAUACUGCACCGCGGGCAAAAUUACGCACCGUACGACUGACCUGUGUAUGACCUAAAGUGCCUGCAUCCUGCCGCGCGUAGAUUAGAACUCGCGCUUCCUUUUCCUCGCGAUUUUACGACGCGGUAGGUGCAUAUAUCGUGACAUAGAUAAGUUAUUACUGUACUGUCGACGUAGAUAUAUUUCUCUGCUCGAUUUCUAUUUGCCUGGAACGAGAGAAAGAGAGAGGAGGAUAGAAGAUCGCCCAAGCACGUGUUCUCGCGCCUACUGCACAGUGAUAUGAGAUAUGGGAGGAAAGAGAGAUAUAUAUAUAUAUAAAAUAUAAAUAAUACAUAUAUAUAUAUAGUUUUAUAUAUAUAGUAUAAAUAUAUAAUAUCUCUGUGCAAAGGGAGAUGAUAUACAAAGUACAUGUAUGAGUGAAUAGUAUAUAAUAUAUAAUAGUAUAUAAUAUAAAUAGUAUAGUAUAUAUAUUUUAUUCGCAGCGUCGAGCCGCGCGCGCGGCGAUGCAUAUUUCGCCCUUCGAUCGAGCCUACAGGGCCUUUCUCAUUCACGCUGUUGCUCGUGCCAGCGUGCCAGCGAUAUUUAUGAGAAUACGUUAAGCGAGAGAGAUAAAAUGCACUGUCUGCGAUAACCGAGCGAUAGGCCCGAGGAAACGGUAGCCGCGCGGCAGGUCGUAUCCCACACGUGAUCGAGCAAUCGCGAGUAACUUCAGGGUAAAUUCCACCCUGGCGUGAGAAAGCGCGCGGCAUCGCGAGUUACGAAAUUAUUCCGAUUCCGAUUCCGUCGCGAUUGAGAGGAAAUACUCGCGCGAUGCUGGCUGGCAGGCACGCGAGCGAAGGACGAGGAGCAACGAUACACGUCGGUGGGUCGCGUAGGGAGAUUUGUACUCUCACUUCCACGAGCGGUACAUCUUUUACUUGUAUUAAUAUAUCGAUCGAGUGUCUUUUCGCUCUUCGACCGCGCGUGAUUCAUGAAUAUGCGGCCAGAGAACACUGCCCUCCUAAGGAACGAAUGUUAUAUGUAUACAUAUAAAUAUAUAUAUAUAUAUAUAUAUAUUUUAAUACGAAAUGUUUUCCCUGCGGAGUGUUAAGCUAAUAAAUAUCAACGACUAAACAACGAA